AAUCCUGCUCGCAGGCGAAGAGGCGGUGGAGGAAGAGGCCGCGGCGCUCGCGACCCUCUUCUCGCAUUGAGACCAUCUUCAGUCACACCCUCCACCCAACCAUCCUCUAUCGAACCCUCAAGCGCCGACGUUUCAGGUACAGAGGCCAACACAAGAAAUGAAGAAUCGCGAAGGAGCAGAGGUGGUGCAAGAGGCGGAAGAGGGGGAGCUCGAGGUGGUAGAGCCCGAGGAGAGAACAGGACUGUCAACGGCAGAGCCUUUGGUGGCCAACUUACUUCGGAUGGCGAAUUACAGGCCGACGCUACUACCUUCGUUCCCGGACAACCCAUUCUCAAUCAAGGUGCUACCUCGCAGCAGACCCAACCUCGUUCGCAAAGGCGCCGUCUUUCCAAGUCAACAGCUCCCGACAUCGCAACUCGUACUCACUACGAUAUUGACAAUGGUCAUUAUGAAUGCCCCAUCUGCACAAGCGAGGUUCUUCGCAAUUCAAAGGUGUGGUCAUGCCAUACUUGCUGGACCGUUUUCCACAUGUCCUGUGUCAAAAAGUGGUCUCAGAAUCAAGGUUCUGCCGCUGCUCAGCAGCAGGGUCGUGAGAACGGCGACAUACCUCCCCCUCGACAGUGGAGAUGCCCUGGAUGUAACCUUCCGAAAGAUACCUUACCCAAGACGUAUACAUGCUGGUGCGAGAAGGAAGUUGAGCCACGCCCAGUCACUGGUCUGCCUCCUCAUUCUUGCGGAAACACUUGCGGUAGGGAGAGAGUCCGCAAAUGCCCUCAUCCUUGUCAAUUGACCUGUCACGCCGGCCCUUGCCCUCCCUGUACCCACAUGGGCCCUACUCAAACUUGUUUCUGCGGCAAGCACGAGUCGACCCGCCGCUGUACCGACACCGACUACGAGAAUGGCUGGAGCUGUGGCGAGGUCUGUGGUGAUCUCAUGCCCUGCGGAGAACACGAGUGUCCUAGACCUUGCCAUGAGGGUCUCUGUGGAGCUUGUGAAGUACGCGUCGAUGCUCGUUGCUAUUGUGGCCAGGUCGAGAAAGCUUUGCUAUGUGCUGACCGCGGCGAUGAAGUCACCAGCCACAAAAAGCACGUUGCUGAAGAUGGUCAGGAUAUCGUCGAAGAGUGGACUGGCAUGUUCGCUUGCGCUAACUCCUGCGACCGUGCCUUCGAUUGUGGUAUUCACCAUUGCCAAAAGCCUUGCCACUCGCAGGAAGCCGAUCCCGGACACUGCCCUCGUUCUCCUGAUGUGGUGACACACUGCCCAUGCGGCAAGACCAAGCUAUCCGAAAUUUCACCAGAAGCCCGCACUUCUUGUGAGGAUCCCAUCGCAAAUUGCAAGAAGCCAUGCAUGAAGAAGCUGUCCUGCGGCCACUCCUGCGAACAAUUGUGUCAUUCUGGCGCAUGUAUGCCUUGUCUCAAGGCUGUUCCCAUUAGCUGCCGUUGUGGUAGAACAACUUCAACCACCAUCUGUCACCAAGGCAAGAUUGAGCCUCCUCAAUGUAUGAGGGUCUGCAGAGCCACUCUCAACUGUGGCCGUCAUGCAUGUGAUGAACGCUGUUGCGAGGGUGAGCGCAAAGCUGCUGAACGACAGGCUCUUAAGCGCAAGGGUCGCAAGCUCGAAGAAGCUCACAUUCGACCUAUUGAUGACGGCUUCGAGGCUGAGCACAUCUGCACACGCCCUUGUGGUAGACCCCUCAAAUGCGGUAAUCACUUCUGCGAGGAUCUCUGUCAUAAGGGUCCCUGCGGAUCUUGUCGAGAAGCGAUCUUUGACGAGAUCAACUGUAAUUGCGGUCGUACGGUUCUGACACCACCUCUACCUUGCGGCACUCAACCUCCGCCUUGUCGCUUCCAAUGCAACCGCCCCAAGACAUGUGGUCAUCCUCAGGUCCAGCACAAUUGCCACAUGAACAAUGAAAGCUGUCCAAGAUGUCCUUUCCUGGUUGAGAAGCGCUGCAUGUGCGGCAAAAAGAGUCUCAAAAAUCAACAAUGUUGGUUGAAGGAUGUCAGCUGUGGACAAAUUUGUGGUCGCAGACUCAAAUGUGGCUCCCAUUUCUGUACGAAGCCCUGCCAUCGUGAAGGUGAUUGUGAGGAUGCUGGUGGCCGACCUUGUCAGCAGCCCUGCGGAAAGGCCAAGAAGGCAUGCGGUCAUCCAGACGAAGCCAUAUGCCAUGCUCCUUCUGCUUGUAAAGAGGAUAAGGCCUGUACUCACAAGAUCUUCAUCACUUGUGAGUGUCAAGCUCAGAAACAGGAGAUGCGAUGCAAUGCGUCCAAGACCAGUGAGGGUAACCUCAACAAGUCUUUGCCUUGUAACGAUGAGUGUGCUAGACUAGAGCGCAACCGUAGGCUUGCACUCGCGCUCAAUAUUGACCAGGAGGCACAUGUUGAGGGCGGUGACCAUGUCCCCUUCUCUAAUGAGACUCUCAAUCUCUAUGCAGCUCACCCUACUUGGGCUUCAAACCAAGAACGCGAGUUCCGUGUGUUUGCGGCUGCAGAUGACGAAAAGAGAUUGAGGUUCAAGCCUAUGACUGCUACCCAGCGAGCCUUCAUCCACCAUUUGGCUGAAGACUUUGGCCUGGACUCCGAAAGCAUGGAUCCUGAGCCUCAUCGUCAUGUUGCAAUCUUUAAGACACCACGUUUCGUCCGUGCGCCGCCGAAGACAUUGAAGGAGAGUGCGCGCAUCAGAAACGCUCAGCGUCUGGCGUCUGGCAAAGCAGUUGCUACCAGCGAAGCAUCAGCAAACCAGACUCGUGCGAACGAAGUUGGAGAGCCCUUUAACAGCUUCGUUAUCGUGCGCCCACGCUUUGGUCUUAUGAUCGAAGAGGUCAGGACAGAGCUGGCCUCAUUCGCACUUCCUGUUCAAUUCGAUGUUGAAUUUUUGCCCAGUGAGGAAGUCGUCAUCAAGGCUAUCAGCCGUACUCUUGAUGAACAGGCACUCGACCAGACACUCAAGAACGCCAAGGCUCCUAUUGCUACCGCUAUCGCAGCGAAGAGUCUUGGUACACUGCAGCUUUGCCGUACAGACUCUUCGCUCAACAUCACGCGUCGCGAGACCGAAAGCGGUGUCAGUGAUGGUUGGUCUCGCGUUGCUGCAAAGAGUGCAGCAUCGCGUCGCCCAGUUGUUCAGGCAGCAUCCUCCAACAACAACCUAUUCUCCGCUCUUGCUGGUGGAAACAAGGUUACUUUCGCUAAGAAGAAGGAGAAGAAGCCCGUUGUGCCCGCAGAGCCUGUUGUUGAUGACUGGGAAGCGGCAGAGAUUGCAGAGGAA